AGAGUAGAGCGCAUAUUGGAAUACGAAAUUGACUGAAACUUUGUAGAACCGCAAAAUUUCAAUCCUACCCCAUUUCUCUCCUUCUCUCCACUUUUACUUUCUCUCUCAUCUCCUCUGCACCCUCUGGAAGCGUUCGGAGGUUGGAGAUUUGUGGCUUAGGUUUCUUGUAUAAGAUAAUAUUACUGUAAUAGCCAAGAAAGAAUGUCAAGUGGUGGAAAUACUCAUUGGUGCCACCAGUGCAGUCAGCCUGUACGACCUCGUGGCCGUAACUUGGUUUGCCCGUACUGUGAUGGAGGCUUUAUACAAGAGCUGGCCGAAGUUAUGGGUGCUCACGCGGGUGAUGAUUCCGGACUUGGAUUCAUGGCUCCCCAGCAAGAUCCGAGAUUUGGUAUUAUGGAUGCAUUUGCUGCCCUAAUGAGGCACAGGAUGAUAGGAAGGGACCCAAACUUUGAUGUUAGAGGACGACCUGCCAUGCUUAGUGAACGAAGUGUGGGUAUUGGUCAAAGGCCUCCUGGCCAAUUAUUAAUAUUACAUGGACAAUCUCCAGUUGCUGUCGAUCCAUUUGAUUUCUUUUUUAGUGAUGGACAUGGAGUGGGACAGAGACGAGCUGAUUUUGAUGAUAUCUUUAUGGGGCAUGGAUUACAGGAAUUGAUAGAGCAGCUGAGUAUGAAUGAUAGGCGAGGUCCUCCUCCAGCACCUCGUUCUGCAAUUGAUGCUAUGCCUACCAUCAAGAUUUCCCAAAGGCAUCUCAAUACUGAUGCUCACUGCCCAGUGUGUCAAGAUAAGUUUGAAUUGGGCACAAGAGCUAGACAGAUGCCAUGUGAUCAUAUUUACCAUUCAGAUUGUAUUGUGCCUUGGCUAGUCGAACAUAAUUCAUGCCCUGUCUGUCGUGUUGAGCUUCCUCCACUAGGUUCUGCAAAUGCCCAGUCUAACUUGAAUCAGAGAGCAGAGAACACUAAUAGUGGUGGUGGCAGCGGCGGCGGCAGCAGCAGCAGCAGCAGAAGGGACAGUAACUCUCAGAGUCAGGGAAGGUGGAAUCCAUUUUCUUUCCUGUGGCCUUCAAACUCAUCAAAUCAAAACACUCAACGCCAUUCAGGAACCGAAGGAAACAGUGCCGCGGCUCCAAAUGAGGAGCAUGGCAGGAUGCGCUGGCCUUUUGACUACUGAUUUUGAUUAUGCAGCUUCGUAUUCUUCUCCAAUACUCCCUCUUAUUUGUUUCAGUCGUGUUUGUUGUUGUGUGCCUCAAAAAAAAUUGGGUUACAGUUUCUGGUUGUUAAAUAUUUAGUAAAAUCGCUUUUGGAGUUAAAAUGAUUUCCCCGCUUGUAUGAUGCUACGCUUACACCACCUGUGAAAAGAUCAACCAUGUGUUCUUCAAAACUCGUAUCUCCAUUUGUCUAAGUAUCGGUCUUGAAUUUUUGCUCUGAAUGUUACAAAAAUUGUUCGAUGUUA